CCCCUGAACGUCCUGCUUUUCCAGGUGAAGAUCGUGGCGAUGAAUGAGGAUAUGGCUCUGCGCUCAGCCCUGGAUCAAAACCUGCAGAGCGCUGUGACCGCGGCUUUCCUCAUGCUCCCGGAAAGCUUUUCUGAGGAAGACCUGUUUACAGAGAUCGCCGGGCUCUCCUACUCAGGUGACUUUCGGAUGGUGGUUGGAGAGGAUAAGGCAAAAGUGUUGAAUAUCGUGAAGCCCAACAUGGCCCACUUCCAGGAGCUGUACGGCAGCAUUCUGCAGGAGAGCCCCCAGGUGGUGUAUAAGGCCCAGCAGGGCAGCCUGGAGGUGAGCGGUCGGAGGGACAGGAUGGUCCGUCCUGAGGCAGGAGCCCGUUUAGGGGGAAAGUAGGGUGAGCAGUGUGACCAGUGAAGUGAUGUAUUCAUAGAAAGUGCAUUUUGUGUGUAAACAUGUUCUCUGUGUAUUUGAAAUAAGGCUAAAAGGUAACAUAA